AUGGAUUACUAUGCAAUUAGCCUGUUUCUAAUUCUCUUUGUUGCUUGUGGAUAUGCUGAUGAAUUCCUAUUUGAUCAAAACUACUAUCCUCAGUGGGGUGGUGAUCAUCUUUCUGUUCUUGAUCAGGGAAGGGUAGUCCAACUGCUAAUAGACGAACACUCAGGAGCUGGAUUCUGUUCAAAGCACAAUUUUGGGUCUGGAUACUUUCGAAUGAUGAUGAAAUUACCUAGCAAUCAUUCUCAAGGAAUCAUCACAACUUUCUACUUAAUUUCGACCCCAGUAGGUGGACAAGCAACAAACCACGAUGAGUUUGAUUUUGAGUUCUUGGGAGGCCAUAAUCCAAUGGCUUACACAUUGAAUACCAAUGUGUUUGCAAAUGAUAACGGACAUAGGGAGCAACAGUUUCGUCUUUGGUUUGAUCCUACAGCAGAUUUUCACAAAUAUGAACUUUUUUGGAACCAGUACCACAUAGUGUUCUUUAUAGACGGGACGCCUAUCAGAGUGUUCAAAAACAACACCAAUAUAGGAGUGAGUUAUCCAUCAAACUCCAUGCACAUAGAAGCAAGCAUAUGGAAUAGCACUGAAUGGCAAGGACCGGUUGACUGGAGUCAAGGGCCCUUCGUCGCUCAUUAUCGAGGAUUUUCAAUUGAUGGAUGCAACUACGACACUCCUAAUCCUGAAGCAUGCCAUUAUUGGAAUGCAGAUAAAGAUCGGAACCUCAGUCCUGAACAACAAAGAAGAUAUCGAGAUGUUAGAAAGAAUUACAUGGUUUAUGACUACUGUUCCAACAACCCAAAAAAUUUCGCAGAGUGCUUAGUUGAUUUCCCAACAGAAGAGCGAAUUCAAGAUGAUAUGAAUAACAUGGGGUUUGAUUCCUCAUCCAAUUCAGGUGGGAUGAGAACCUCCACACUUAGAAAAGGUGCAGCCACCUUUUUUCCAAGUGCAAGAGAUGCAUUUGGAUACAUACAUGAAGAGAUUAACACAUGA